UCAGCGGUCGACUUAGGCGAAAUAGAAACGGAAGUGCACGGUAUCAUAAUGAAUCUGCCUGUGCCGUUUCCGCUGUCGCAGCCUGACGCGUGCAAAGACAGUGGGCUCACCUGCCCUAUCAAGGCUGGACAACAAGCUCACUACGUAGCCACAUUGCCUGUCCUCAAAUCCUACCCCAAGGUGAAGGUUGAAGUUAAAUGGGAGCUCAAGGCAGACGCCGGAGAGAUCGCCUGCAUCAUGAUCCCAACUAGAAUUAACUGAUUCUUCUGAAGCUUUCCUUUUAUUUUCUUUCACAACCCAACCAUAACUUGUGGUUAUCUUUUUAAAACCUACUUGAAUUUUUCUUUUUAAUACCUAAAAAUUUAUUUUUGCACAUUCUUG